UGCGUCAGAAGCCACGCAGACCCGUUUCAGGUGCACCCAGUUCCUCUCCUUCUCCACCACUCCUGCUGCCAUGGCUGUCCCGUGCACAGCUGCCGCCGUCCUCAGCCUGCUCUCGCUGACCGCAGCUGCCCCGUCCGGCUGCGAGGACGCGCUCACACCCCUGGAGACGGUCAACCACUCUCAGAAUUCUGGGAAAUGGUUCCUUGUUGGAGGAGCUUGUGAAUGCAAGAAAACGCAAACCUGUCUGAGAAAUAUAGAGAAUGCCUGGAUGGAAAUGAUAGUUAACCCUCAGCGUGACAAAAUUUUUCUCAAUGCUGCUGCCAAGAUCAAUGGAUCAUGUCAUUUUUUUCUUGAAAACAUAGAAAUUGUUAAAGCCUCUCUCCUAUUUGACCCUGAACGGGUUGACGACUUGGUCCAUCUAUACAACUGUCCCAGCUGCUUGCUCAUGAAAUUCAACAACACUGAAGACGGGAAAACCAUUCAUUGUGUACAGCUGUGGGCAAGAACCAGGAAUCUCAGUGUUGCGGAGCUGGAUGCACACAAACGCCGAAUGGAGUGUUUUGGCUUAGGAGGCUUGAUCUUGAAGGACCCUGACACAGACCUCUGUCCCAACAACCUGAACUUCUCAUCCAAAGUCUGGUCUAUGAAGCACCAGCUGACCUCUGAGACCCCGCUCAACUGUGAGAAUUUGCUCAGACCGCAGUAUCCGAGUGACCUUACUCAGGUGUCGGGAAACUGGUUCCUUAUUGCCGAAGCAGACAAUAAUUCUAGAAGUUCUAUGGCAGAAGUGGAAAGUGUCUGGAUGAAGAUAUCGCCAACACCACAGAAUGGCACCUUCUACAUCAACACUAUAAUCAAGACCCAUAAGGGUUGUGAGAUAUACAGGACCAACAGAACCAUCGCCCACAAUACUAUCACAGCAGUUUCUUCAGGCAUUGGUCCAAAACAGCAUGUGAUGGAGCUGCUCAGCUGGUCCGACUCUCUGCUCUUGAAGUUCAGCCACAAUGCACAGAGCAAGGUGAUCUUGCAGCUGCAUAUCUGGGGAAGAACCAGGACCCUUAGCGAACCUGUCAUGGACACGUUCAGGAGACACGUGGACUGUCUGGACCUGAGACUCCCUGUGUACAUGGACCCUGAGAAAGAUUUGUGCUCUAAAGAAGGGAUCACCUCAUUUAAAGAGGAUGUCGCCACACACCAGUAUUCCAAGUCGGACUGACGAUGAAAUGCCUGCGAAAAGCGGCCGGCCGGUCCACAGAGAGUGACCGUGACAGACAGGAUCACAGACAUCACUGCCUUGCUCCUGUCAGCUGAAUCCCAUUUCUUCAGCUUCUCUACAUUUCCAGUUCUCACUUCCAAAACAGGAAUAUUCUGGGAAAAAAAUUGAAAGGAAUCUGAUGAAUAAAAUAUUACU